GUGUUAGUUCUAUAGGCAGUCUGUGGCACACACGGUUUGCACCUGUCACCAGUACAUGAGGAUUGGUUGUCCUGGGAGCCAAGGCUGCCGGCAUGGGGUCCCAGGGCAGACAACCUUCCGGGCCCCUUGUAAUUAUAAUCAUACAUUAUUUUCUCAGUAUAUAAUAAUGUUUUUAUAAUUUGAUUGCAAUAUCUACAUUUAAUCAUAAUUACUGUAGACUUCAAACUUAGGACAAAUGCACUAGGUCUACAUCACUACUUGAACAAAAGUUUUUUACACAUGAGUGGUUAGUAAAUGAGGAAAAUGAAGGUAAAGAUCAAACCUGUAAUAUAUCAUAGAAAAAAUUCCAAUGUGAGGAAUUUUCUGUCAACUUUCCUUAAAAAGAAAAAGAAGGAAAAAGAUCCACUAACACUCAAACACACACACCCGUCUGUACACCAGACAUCCCCUCUCUCAUCAGCCUGCUGGUUCAGUUCUCAUCUGGACAUGCUGCUCUUUCUCUGCAUGUAGCACAUGUUUACAGGGCUUUGCCAUGAUAAACCCAUAGUUUGCUGGCUCUGCGAAAAAUACCAUCGCCUAAUGCUAACUCCAGCAAGAUGGUCUAAAAUAAACAAAACAUAAUAUCAAGUACCUAUUUGAAAAAAAAAAAUCUGUCAUCACUUCUUGUUUAUAAUAACAAAAUAAGUUUGUAGUAAGAGAAAAUAGGAUAUUUGGCUGGAUAUGUAGCUGUGAUAAUGACUAAGGCUUGAAAACUAAAAAAGUUUUAAGACUGCUGUCUCUUAUUCUUUCAGUAAGAAACAAAUAGUAUGCAUUUAUAUAAAUUACAGUGAAACCUCUUCUGUAGUCCUUCAGGUUGGUAAAAUUUUGUUUGGAUGUCUGGCUCCUUGAACGAUUUUUUUUCCCUUGUCUCAAGCAAAACUGGGGGAUUUGCAUUAUGCCUAAGAAUUAUGAAAAAAAUAUGAAUGUGAAAAAUUUCAGAUGUGCUUCUGUUAGAAGUAAAUAUUGUGGAAGAAUUCAACUUUCACAAGCUUGUGCACUGUAAGAUUAAAAUACUUGUAAAAGUUAAAGCUUGAAUUCUGAUUCAAGCUUGAAUUCUGAUUCUGAUUCUGUGCUGAUUCUGAUUCAAAAUGUUCUUAUAGAUAUAGCUUUCUAUAGGAUUAAAUUGUUUUAAAGUUACAAACAAGAAUGUUUACAGAAGAACAUUUGCUAAACAACCAUUAACAGAGAAGACAUUACAAAGAAACUGUAAGAUUAAAAUACUUAUAAAAGUUAAAGCUUGAAUUCUGAUUCAAGCUUGAAUUCUGAUUCAAGCUUGACUCUUUCUGUUGGUAUAGCAUGUCAGAGUCUCUGUCUGACUGAAUGGUCAUUAGCAGCCACAUCAAGAUUGGUCAAGCAUUUGGAGUGUCUCAGCUUAUGCUAUAAGUGACCUUGCAGCUUCUUACAGCCGUGGGAGAACCUUGGCAUUGUUGUGAUUUUACUUAAGUAGUCCCAUCAUGAAGUCAGCAUUGGUCUCUUUGGCUACACGCUCCAAGAACAACGAGAAAAGAGAACUUCACAGAUCCUGAGCUGAAGGUACUGCUGCAGUGUAUAGCAGCUGAAAGCUGAUGUCGUCACAUCUACUGCUACCGACACACCUUCAAUGAGUUGAAAGCAAAGCAUGGAACGUAUUGCAGCUAAAGUUAGUGCUUUAGUGGAGUGGAAAGACAGUGAAGGUGUUCGAGAAAAAUGGGACGCAUGAAAAAUAUUGUAGCAAAGCAGAUUGAUGGACAUAUUAACAACAGAUGAAGCUCCAAAACCUCUUCCGUACCAGGAAACCAUAAUUGCCAUUGUAGUAGGUGACAAGAAGAAACUAAAAAUGGACUUGGGAAUGGAGACGGAUUCAGGAAAAGAUCAAACUGUAAACAACACUUCAAAACACUUAAAUCCAAAUGAGUUAAACAUUGAUUCAGCUUCAUGCUCAAAGAGUCCAGUAGGCGGAGGUGACGAGCUGUCUUCUCCAAUGCCAGCUUUCUUGCCAGAGGGUGUUGCCUCAAUUUCAUCGCUGGAGGAUUCUUGUGUCAAAGACGGAGAAGACAGUGUGAAGAUGGUUGAAAAAGGCAGCUUGGAAAGAAGUUCUGUGCCUGUAAACACUUUAGGAAAGAUGAAAACCAUGAAAAAGAAGGUGCACUCUAAAAAGGUAUCCAAUAAACCGAUUCAUUCAGAUGAGGAUGUUUAUGAGGGGGUGCUGUUUGCCAGGUAUCUCAAAAGUGAGAUAAUCAAAAACAGAGCCAAGAGGGCGUUGAUGACAACCAAGAAGAUUCUGUUAGAGAACAUGAACAGGAAAGUGCUGCUGGAAAUUGAAAAGCUUGAAAGAGAGCUUGGUGAUUCUAAUGAUUGUGAUCUCAGUGUGACAACUUAUGACAAGUGAUUGUGAUCUCAGUUUGAUGACAACACGAUGCAGUGCAAAUGUUUGUGUAUCCUCAAUGGCAGUAACUUGAACGAAGGGUGUAAACUGUACAUGUUUUGGAAGCAAACACAGCUUUUGGUUUUUAUAAAUGCUACUUGAAUACAAAGAAUAGAGAAACAAAAGUGGGAGAGAGAGAGAGAGAAAUGGAUGGAGGAGGUGGUAAGAGGAGUUAUUCAUAGUCCAAACAUGCCUUUAGGCUUAUCAUGAAUGCCUGCAAUGUCAACACAAUCUCAAGAUGCUGCAUAUAUUUUGAAGUCUGGUCUGUGCUAUAGCAGUAAGCAGAAGGAGUGUAACUAUGUGGCUGGUAGGGUGUCAACAUAUACCCCACUGUUAAUGACAGAGACACUGUGAAUUGUUCUAGGAGAGCAGAUUAUUGUCCUCUUUUCUUUUACCUCAAUGAUAGAUGAGGAAAACUGAAGAUUUUAAUUUCAUCGCACAAAAAUCGGCAGUCUAUAGAAGAUAUUUUUACUGAAAAAUUGGAAAGAGAGUUAUAGAAAAAUGAUUACUCUGGUUGCUAGAAAAACUCCUAAUAAAGCAGUUGUGUUUCAUUACAUAUAUUUUUAUGAUUUUAAUGCAAGACAUGAGCUAUUCCACAAUGUUUGUAUGUUUACUACAAAUUGGUAUUAAAUUUUGCAUCAUACCUUACAGAUGUUUGUUUGUAUGUCAUUCCUGGCAUCUAAAGAAAAUUCUGGAAGUUGCGUUGAUUUUCUCAUUCUGUGCUAGAAUCUUAACAGUUUACAAGUAGAUCCCCAAAGGAUUUUCAUAGCGUUGAAAUAGAAUUCUGUUUUUUAUGAAGCAGUCUGUAGACAUAAUAAUUUGUUGCUUAUAAAUUGUCAUAAGAAAAUGAAUUCUUUUACUGCAAGAAAGACUCUAAAUAUGCAAUUGUGUUUUAUUAACAUUAAAUUGGUGGUGUUAUGUGAGAUUUCAGUGGUAGUGUAUGAGCUUACAGACAUAGCUUUUCAGAAUACCUGUUAGAAACACUGAAUUUGUCCUGCUUAAGGUAGAUGAUUGCAUGGAACAGAAAUCUUAUAUGCCCAAAAGAUGGGGAGGCAGCAGUAAAUCACUUGCAGAUAGACAUUAAAGUUGUUUUCUGUAAAACAU